ACACCACUAAAUCGUAGCAUCACAUGGAAAGAUGGCCGACGUUCCCCAGCUCAUCAAGAUAGGAAUUUCCCUCAAAAUGCUUCCCAAUAAUCUCGCUGUCUAUUUCAAAUCCGACGGUGCCAGGUUUGGACAGACGCGCACCAUCAAACUGCUGACAGGAUCCAAGUACAAGAUCGAUGUGGUGAUAAAGCCUGGAGCAGCCCAAGCCACGUCUAUGAGCAUCGGUGGGGUGACCUUCCCUUUGGAGCAGCAGUCUAAAGACCCCCAGUCUGUGAUCUACAGUGGACUGUAUGACACAGAGGGAGUGGCUCAUACCAAGAGUGGAGAGAGGCAACCGGUCCAAAUAAGCAUACAGUUCACAGAGGCUGGCCAGUUUGAGACCGUGUGGCAAGUCAAGUUUUACAACUAUAACAAGAGGGACCACUGUCAAUGGGGAAACAGCUUUAACAGCAUAGAAUACGAGUGUAAACCAAAUGACACACGCACGCUCAUGUGGAUCAACAAAGAGAUGUUCCUCUAGAUGUGAGGACUGCGUGUGAUCUGUAGAAAAAAAUAAAGUGAUUAGAUUUGCACUGCUCCGUCAUGGGUCACAUUGUGUUAUUUAUGAAGAAAUGUUGUGUUUUCAGUUGGACCUUUCAGAGCCUGUGGUCAGAGUUGUAUGAGCAGAUAUUUUAAGAUGUUCAUUAGAUUCAAGUGCAACCCAUGUUUGUUUGAAUUGUGUGACUAUGGUGCAUUUUAUCGUGCCACUUAUCGUCUAAAUGAUGUUUUAUGUAAUCAAGAUGCAACAGACCACUGCACAAUUGUGUUCCAAGCACAAUGUUUCUGAUUAACUUGACCUGUUUUGUGUUUAGAUGUUUACAUUUAGAAAAUACUUCAUGUACUUUGCACAACAAGAACAUACAUCUAGUCUAGGACACAAUACAUCGCUUAGUGGUGUAUUGUCCAAGUGUUUCUAAAUGUCACUGAAUCCCUGUAUUUAUAUGAUAUAAUGUAUUUUUGUGUUACAGUAUUAUAUUUUUGUACUGUGAUGAAUGUGAUUUGAUUGAUUACCUGCAAAAGUGUGUGAAAUACAUUUUCUAUGCAAAGAUGGCAGAAAGAUGUUUAUGCCAUUAAUGUGUAAUUGUUUACAAUCAUAUAAAGCUAUG